AGACUCUCUCUCUCUCUCUCUCUCUCUUUUCCUCUCGCGCCUGGAAAAAUGGCAGAGGCUGGCAUUUCAGUAGAUCAGUUUUCAGUGGAUCACUUCAGCUGUCCAGUGUGUCUGGACCUCCUGAAUGAUCCUGUAACUACUCCUUGUGGUCAUAGCUUCUGUAAGGUGUGUAUUAAUGCUUGCUGGGAUCAGGAAGACAUGAAGGGUGUCUACAGCUGCCCCCAGUGUAGAGAGACCUUCACUCCAAGGCCUGUUCUCCGCAGGAGCAACAUGCUGACUGAAGUGGUGGAGAAACUGAGGAAGUCUGAGCUCCAACCUGCUUCUCCUGCUCACCGUUACGCUGCACCUGGAAAUGUGGAGUGUGAUUUCUGCACUGACAAAAAACAUAAAGCUGUCCAGUCCUGUCUGGUGUGUCAGGCCUCCUAUUGUGAAGAUCAUGUUAAACCUCACUAUCAGUCUCCUGCCUUUAAGAAGCACAAGUUAGUGGAAGCCUGUGCAGAUCUCCAAGAGAAGAUCUGCUCUCAGCAUGACAAACCGAUCGAGAUCUACUGUCGUACUGACCAAAGCUUCAUCUGUUACUUGUGUACGAUGGAAGAACACAAAAGCCAUGAGACAGUUCCAGCUGUAACAGAAAGAAAUGACAAGCAGAAUGACAUAAAGAAGGAGCAGAUACAAUUCCAGCAGAAGAUCCAGGUAAAGCAGAAAAUGGUUCAGGAACUCAAACAAGCCGCGGACACUAUUAAGACAUGUUCACAGGCAGCAGUAGAUGAGAAUGAGAGGGUCUUCAAUGAGCUGAUCAGCCUUAUGGAGAAAAAGCGCUCGGAGGUGACGGAGCUGAUCAGAGCUCAGGAGAAAGCUGAACUGAGUCGAGCUGAACGACUCCUGAAGCAACUGGAGCAGGAGAUUGCUGAUCUUAAGAGGAGAGUCACUGAGCUGGAGCAGCUUUCACACACACACGAUCACAUCCACUUCCUCCAGAGUUUCCAGCGGCUCUGUGCUCCUCCUAGAUGUAAGGACUUAUCCAGGAUAAGAGUCAAUCAACGUCUCUCAUUCGAUGGAAUGAAGACAUCUCUCUUCGAACUGAAAAAACAAGUCGAAGAGGUCUGUGAUGAGGAAUUCAACAGAAUGCGUCCACAAGCUGCAGCAGUUCGGCUGACUUUACCCUCACAAUUACAGGGCAGAGAAGAUUUUCUGCAGUAUUUCAGUUAUCUGACUCUGGAUCCCAACACAGCACAUCAUCAACUCAUUCUGUCUGAGAAGAACAGAGUCGUGACACGCAGUGGAAGAAAACAGCCAUACCCUGAUCAUCCGGAGAGAUUUGACUGCUGGACUCAGGUGUUGUGUAAGGACAGUUUGAGUGGACGCUGUUACUGGGAGGUGGAUUGGAGCGGUAAUGUGUCUAUAUCAGUCUCAUAUAAAGAGAUCAGCAGGAAAGGAGGGGGUGAUGAGUGUGUGUUUGGACACAACAGUCAGUCCUGGAGUCUGGAGUGUUUCUCUUCCUCUGUCACUUUCUGCCACAAUGACACUAGGACUAAGCUUUCAGGUCCAGCAUCGAACAUCAUAGGAGUGUAUGUGGAUCACAGUGCAGGAACUCUGUCCUUCUACAGCGUCUCUGACACGAUGAGUCUCCUCCACAGUGUCCGCACCACAUUCACUCAGCCUCUGUACGCUGGGUUCUGGCUAACUACCUUCAGGUCAACUGUAAAGUUGUUUGAACCAAUAUUAAACUUUUAGUAAAACUCAGGUGACAGAGUGAAUUUCUCCCUGAAGACCUGAAAUAUUUUUGCAAUAAAAGUGGUAUAUGAGGACUGUACUGAAAGUAAUGCAUAACAUUAGUGGGAAUAACAUUUUUUUUUACCUAAAAUACAGUAAAUCAUUUAAAUUCCACAUGGUAGAAGAGUAACUUUACUAAUCAACAUAGUCUUAACCGCAAGCCAUGCAUUUGUUAUCAUUGAACCCAACUCUUGCCUUAGUUGCUGAUCUUUUCACUACCUUAACUAAUGUUAGCAGACAAGACACCAUUAAAACACGCAUGUGCUCAGACUGUAAAGAAAUUUAAAGAAGGAAAAACAGCAUUGAAAACAAAUGCAGUCGGAGACCAUCAACUGUGACCAAUUAGUUUUAUUUAUAUACUCUCUAUACCAUCAUGUAUUAUCACAGGGACUAUCUAAUAUUUUGAUUCAUACACAUUUAUUUUUGAUUGUGUAAAGCUGCUUUGCGAUGACAAUUGUUUAAAGCAUUAUACAAAUAAAUUGUCAAACAGUGUCAU